AUGUCACCGACGGAAUCAUCGGGGCAGGCAGACCUCAGUUCCUUAGAGAAUGCCAUUUCCUAUUUGAAGCUGGACUUGGUAAACCAGUACAAGGACCUCUAUCCAGGCAUACCUUUCAUGCAACCUGUGCCGCCAAAAGACCCCUCCCGGCAGUCGGACCUCAGUCCCUUGGACGAUGCAAUGUUAUAUCAGAGGCUGAACUCAGGAAACCCGUACGGGAACCUCUAUCUGGAAGUAGCUCUUCUUCAAGCUUUGAAAGAGGCGCGUCUGGAUAUCGUUGAGGAACUCCUGGAAAAGGGCAUCAACGCCGCCAAUGCCCAGAGCGACGAGGAACAGACAUCACUAUUUCACACGACGGAGCUUGGAUUCACGGAGAUAGUAGCCAGCCUCUUACAACAGCGCGCUUCUAUGGACAAACAGGAUGAGAAGGGACGAACACUGCUAUUUCGGGCCUCUCUUGGUUUUCAUAUCAAGAUAAUGUCGCUUCUGCUUGAUAACGGCGCAGACGUCGACUUGGCGGACGAGGAGGGAUGGACCCCUCUAAUGAUCGCGGCUGAACGGGGCAAUGAUGAAGCUGUGGCUCUGCUGCUGAAGCACGGAGCUGACCCAAAUGCAAGGGACAAGGAAAAGUUUACAGCGAUCUUGCACGCGGCUAUGAUAGGAUACCUAGGCAUCGUAGAACGCCUUCUCGAUGCAGGUGCUGACCCCAACGCGCAAGACGAGGCGGAAAGCUUGACGGCAAUAAGCUGGGCAGCUGAGAGUGGCCAUGAGGAUGUUGUAAAGCUUCUACUCGAGCGAGGGGCAGAUCCUAACGUGGAUGAUCGCAUUCUUCUCUCUCCACUAAGCGGGUGUGAACCCGACGGUUAUGAUGAUAACGAUGCAUUGAUAGAAAUGCUCGUCAAGCACGGCGCGGACGUCUUUAUGGAUUGCUGGUCGGAUGAACGGCCUCUUGUCAUCGCUGCUAGGCAAGAUCGUCACCUGACUGUCGAGCUAUUCCUGGAGGCGAGCUACUCGUCAAGGAGUGUCCGACAAGAGCAUAUAUGGGAUGCCAUCACGGUCGCUGCUGAGGAAGGUCACGAAGCAAUUCUGGCGAGCUUGAUGAGGCAUUAUGAACCGGAUGAGACCGAGAAACAGACGCCUUGGGAGUGGGCGAAGGAGUACCAGUUUGGUCAGUCGUAUGAGCUAUUGAGACCUUACUUUGAGCCUGAGGCGAGGACCGACAAUGGUAGCAACAAGUCCGAUUAA